CCAGUGCUGGUCGAAAGAAGGGUUUUUCAGCUUUAAAGCCCUCUCCAUCGUCCCAAUCUGCUUCAGAGAGAAACAAGAGAGAGAACUGUGGGAUUAGGAAACAAGUAGAGAAUGGAGGGCAUCACUGAGGGAGUUAACAAUAUCAACAUCACGGAUUCUUCGUCCAUCAAGCGGAAUCGCAUCCAAGUCUCUAACACCAAAAAGCCCCUCUUUUUCUACGUCAAUCUCGCCAAGAGGUACAUGCAGCAACACAACGAGGUGGAACUGUCUGCACUGGGAAUGGCUAUUGCCACGGUGGUUACUAUUGCUGAGAUUUUGAAGAACAAUGAACUGGCUGUUGAGAAGAGGAUCGUGACUUCCACUGUUGACAUGAGAGAGGAUGCUGGAGGGCGGCCCAUUCAAAAGGCAAAGGUAAAGUGUGAACGUAAUAUAUGUUGGAAAUCUAAAGAGAAUAUAUAACCAGGCACCAUCUGGUUAUGUUGAUAAUAUUUACAUUUUGGUCUUGAUAUUUUAUUG